AUGUCGCGCACAUUCGGGCUCAUGCCAUCCCGUGGCAGUGGCCGUGGCCGCGGCACGUUUCGGCGCCGCGGCAGUGGUGCUGUACAGCGUCCCGGAAGCCGCAUUUCCGCGGCGCUCGCGCGAUCGAACGAAGUAAAUGCGGCGUCUCAAUUGGAGGCACGCUUCGAUGCCGUUCGCGCAUACGAUGCCAUUGACGAGCGCAUGGGCUUUGUGCGCUUUGACCAAGGCGAGACGAAGCAGGCAUGGCUUGUAAAUAUGCAUCCGACGCUUUUGUCCGACGAUGCGCAUCCUUCGGGACGCUCCGGCGUGGACUACUACUUUAUUCAGGACGAUGCGUCCAUGUUCAAAGUCACGAUUCUAUACCUGCCCUAUUUCCUAGUGGGAUGCUACCCCGGCACGGAAUCCGUUGUCGAGGAGUGGGUGCGCCGCCGCUUCGAAGGACUCGUGCAGUCCGUCGAGCGCAACCAAGUCGACGACCUGAAACUCGCGAACCAUCUUGUGGGCAACCAACGCACCGUACUCCGCCUGCGAUUCCACAAUGUACAUGAUCUGCUCACCGUGCGUAAAGAGCUGCUUCCCCUUGCAGAUAAAGCGCAAAAAGAGGUGGCGGGCGUGGAGGCGUAUGCCAACGUCUUGCAGGACGGCGCGAUGCCCGACGUUCACGUAGCGCUCGACGGCGAAGGAUUCACAGAAACAGGCCGAAAAACAUCACACGCUAGCGGACGCAGUGCUGAGCAGUGUAUUGUGGCGCUGUACGAGUACGACGUGCCGUAUUACCUCCGUGUGGCAAUUGACAAUGACAUCCGUGUCGGUCUUUGGUACGAUGUCAGCUUCCACGAAGGCAUUGUGGAGCUCCAUGCCGUGCCUGAGCGUGUGAAGCGUGCAGACCCUGUUGUGAUGGCCUUCGAUAUCGAGACCACCAAGCAGCCGCUCAAGUUUCCCGACGCGGAGACGGACAUGAUUAUGAUGAUUUCCUACAUGAUUGAUGGCCAGGGCUUUUUGAUUACCAAUCGCGAAGUGGUGAGCGAGGAUAUUGACGACUUUGAGUACACGCCCAAGGAAGAGUACGAUGGGCCGUUUAUCAUUUUUAACGAGAAAAAUGAGAUGGAUCUCUUGCGCAGGUUUUUUUCGCAUGUGCAAGACGCGCGGCCCACCGUGAUUGCGACGUACAACGGUGACUCGUUUGACUUUCCUUUUGUGGAAACACGCGCCAAGGCGCAUGGCCUCGAUAUGCUGCAAGAGAUUGGUUUCGCACCCGACUCGGACAGUGAGUACAAGAGCCGGCACUGUGCACAUCUGGACUGUUUCCGCUGGGUGAAGCGCGACUCGUACCUUCCCCAAGGCAGCCAAGGACUCAAGGCCGUCACCGUCGCCAAGCUCGGCUACGAUCCUAUGGAGCUGGACCCCGAGCUCAUGACUCCGUACGCCUCCGAGCAGCCUCAAACGCUUGCACAGUACUCUGUCUCGGAUGCGGUCGCGACCUACUACCUCUACAUGAAAUACGUUCAUCCGUUCAUCUUUUCCCUGUGCAACAUUAUUCCCCUCAACCCCGACGAAGUCUUGCGCAAAGGAUCUGGGACGUUGUGCGAGACACUGCUCAUGGUCCAGGCGUACAAAAGCAACAUUCUGAUGCCCAACCGGCACAUUGACCCCAUCGGCAACACCUACGACGGCCAUCUGCUCGAGUCAGAGACCUAUGUCGGCGGCCACGUCGAGGCGCUCGAAGCGGGCAUAUUCCGCAACGACAUUCCGACCCACUUUCAGAUCGAGCCCGCGGCGAUCCAAGAGCUCAUCGACGAGCUCGACAGUGCGCUUGCUUUUUCUAUCCGCGAAGAGGGCAAGAUGGCCAUGGCGGACAUUGAGGACUACGACACGGUCAAGGGUGAAAUUCUCGCCAUGCUGGAGCAAUUGCGGGACAAUCCCGUGCGCCAAGACAAGCCGCUGAUCUACCACUUGGACGUCGCCGCGAUGUACCCAAACAUUAUGCUUUCCAACCGACUCCAGCCCGACUCGGUCGUGGACGAAGGAACGUGCGCUUCGUGCGAUUACAACCGUCCGGGCAUGCAGUGUGACAAGCGCAUGAAAUGGGCGUGGCGCGGCGAGUACUUUCCCGCGAAGCGCGACGAGAUCAACAUGAUCCGGCAUGCACUGGAUAUGGAAACCUUUCCCGCCAAGGACCCCCACGGAAAGCCACGCGCCUACCAAGACCUCAGCGCCGCCGAGCAAUCCGCGCUCCUGCAGCGGCGCAUUGCCGAUUACAGCAAAAAAGUGUACAAACGUGCACACGAUACCAAGACAGUGGUGCGCGAAGCGAUUAUAUGCCAGCGCGAGAACCCAUUCUACAUCGAUACCGUGCGCGACUUUCGCGACCGCCGCUACGAGUACAAAGGCCUGCUCAAGACCUGGAAACAGAAUAUGGAAGCAGCGACGCAGGCGGGAAACCUUGGCGAGAAGCUCGAGGCGGGCAAUAUGAUUGUGCUGUACGACUCGCUCCAGCUUGCGCACAAGUGUAUUCUCAACUCCUUCUACGGCUACGUGAUGCGCAAAGGCGCGCGGUGGUACUCGAUGGAAAUGGCGGGCAUUACCUGCUUGACCGGCGCGACCAUUAUCCAAAUGGCCAAAGAGCUUGUCGACAGGAUCGGCCGCCCGCUUGAGCUGGACACGGAUGGCAUUUGGUGCAUGCUCCCACGCUCGUUCCCCGAAAACUUUUCCUUCCGGUGCCGCAAUGGAAAGAAGCUGGGCUUAUCCUACCCCUGCACCAUGCUCAACUACCGAGUGCACCAGCGCUUCACCAACCACCAGUACCACGACCUGGUCGAUCCGCAGCGCGGCACCUACGACGUCCACAGCGAAAACAGCAUCUUUUUCGAGCUCGACGGCCCCUACCGCGCCAUGAUUUUGCCGUCGAGCAAGGAGGAAGACAAGCUGCUCAAGAAGCGCUACGCCGUCUUUAAUCAGGACGGCUCCCUUGCCGAGCUCAAAGGCUUUGAAGUGAAGCGCCGUGGCGAGCUGCAGCUCAUCAAAGACUUUCAGAAACAAAUAUUUGCCAAGUUUUUGCUCGGCGACUCGCUCGUGCAUUGCUACGCCGCGGUGGCGCAGAUUGCCGACCAGUGGCUCGAUGUGCUGUACAGCAAAGGCUCGACGCUCCACGACGAGGAGCUCAUCGACCUCAUCGCCGAGAACAAGAGCAUGUCCAAGCUCCUCAGCGAGUACGGCACGCAGAAAUCCACCGCAAUCACCACUGCCAAGCGCCUCGCCGAGAUGCUGGGGAGCCAAGUGGUGAAGAACAAAGGACUCGCGUGCAAGUUUAUCGUCUCGGCCAAGCCGUACGGUGCGCCUGUCGCGGAGCGCGCCGUGCCCGUCGCCAUCUUUAACGCGGAGCCCGACGUGAAGAUCCACUUUCUGCGCCGCUUUCUCAAGGAUGCAAGUAUGGUCAACGUUGACCUGCGCAGCAUCCUCGACUGGGACUAUUAUAUCGAGCGCUUUGCCGGCGUAAUCCAGAAACUCAUUACGAUCCCUGCAGCGAUGCAAAAGGUGCCGAAUCCGGUGCCGCGCGUCAGGCACCCGGACUGGCUCCUGCGCCGCGUCGCGGUGCACCAGGACAGGAUUACACAGACCAAGCUCUCCACGCUCAUGUCCAGCAAGGCAGUCCAAGCACGCACGCGCGCGCCGCCUGUACCUGCGCCCGUGCCUGCGCCCGUGCCCGUGCCCGUGCGCGAGGAGUUGAUCCCUGACAUGCACACCGACUACCCCGGCUGGGUGUCUGCCAUGCACCGCUGCUGGCGAAAACGCCGCGCGGAGCGCAAGGCGGGCGCUGCAAGCGGCGGUCCCCAGACGCUUGGAUCCAUGCUCCAGCAGCACACCGCCGCCAUGGCCGGCGCGCGAUGGGACAUUGUGCAGCUCGCGCCCACGAGCCAUCCCGGCGAGUACCGGCUGUGGGUGUAUGUGGCGCGCAAUCUGCAGUGCCUCAAGCUCCGUGUCCCCCGCCAGCUCUACGUCAACUUUAAGCGCGCGCCGCCCCCCGCUCUCUUUCUCCCGCUGUACCACACCGAGCACGUCACACGCACUCUUCCGCGCGGCGUGCCAUGCCUGCAUUUGGUGCGCAUCCUUGUCCAAGAAGACGUCUUUCUCGCGCAUGAAAGCCACUUUUCCGCGCUGCUCAACCACCCCAACGUGGACGGGGUGUAUGAAAUGCACGUCCCCCUCGAUAUCCGUGCGAUGCUGCAGCUUGGCGCAUCGUGCACACUGCGCAGUUCUGUCAAGCUGCACCACGCGCUGGACACUGGCUUCUGCCUCGCGGAUCUCACACACGUCUCCCACGACGCAUACCUGGGCGGCGGCCGCGCGAUGCGGCACCUGUAUCUGUACCACGCAACGCUCGACAAGCGCCACGUAUUUGUGCUCGUAGGCCCCGACGGCACGACGCGCGUCCAUCUCGUCGACACCGCCGGACUGCGCCAGUGGCCCGCGGUGGAGAGUCUGUAUGCGGAGCGCCUGGAUGCGAUGCGGCGUGCGGGCAGGAUUGCGCCGGGGCGCGGCGCGUUUGACUACCCCGACACGCUGCAGAGCGCCGUGCGUGUGCAUAGGGAUUCUGCGCGCGCGUUUGCCGCGCUUGGCAAAGACAUCCGGGAGCUGCGCAUGGCGCGCCCCGGCGCGACGCAGCUCGCCGUGUGCUCUGCGCGCCCCUUUGCCUACUACGACGCCCAGAUGCACCUUUCUGGCGAGCUUCCCGUGCUCAUGAUCCCCGCUGCGCGCCAGGAAGAUGCGCUCCCGCCCCUUGGCUGGCAGCUGUACGCCGCGCGCCGCUUUGUGAACUGCUACGUGCGCACCGCGCAGUGGAUCGAGCGCUGGGUGGCGCUUGCGUCCCAUCUGGACGUGCCGCUGGGCAACAUGCAGCGCGACUUUGCAGUGUUUGGUAGCGACAUGGACUUUGCGCGGCGCAUGCUGCAGAACGACAUGGUGCUCUGGUGGUCCCAAAGCGCGCGCCCGGACCUGGGCGGGCGCGAAAACGACGCGCACGCUGGGUACAGCACCGAGCUCGAAACGCUGGAAAUCACGCAUGCGGGCGCGUACAGCGACGUGUGCCUCGAAGUGAGCCUCGGCGACCUCGCGCUAAAUGUCGUGCUGCAGUACCCCUCGGUCAACGCCAUGGAAGGCCUCGGCACCGCCUCGAUGGCGUUCGACAAUGCCUCGCACAGCCUCGAUGAGUAUGCGCGCGGCGCCGUGCCCCUCUCGGCAGACGUGGGCGACGCGGUGCUCACCGCACAGACAUUCAGCACCCUCCGCGCCAUGGUCAAGGCCUGGCACGUGGAAAAGCUCCGCGCACACUCUCUCUACGGCGCGCUCCUCGCGGACAACUUUUGGCGCUGGGCGUGCAGUGCGCGCUCGGCGCUCUUUGAGCCGGCGCUCCAGCGCUUCCUCCAGCGCCUCAUGCGGAAAACACUCCUCCAGCUCCUCGCCGAGUUCCGCCGCGUGGGCGUGCGCGUCGUUCACGCCAGCUACACGCGCCUCUUUUUGCUGACCAACAAGCCCACCGCCGGCAGUGCCGCGGCGUUUGCGCGCUACGUGAUGAGUGCAGUGACCAGCCGCGAGCUGUUCAAGCACCUUUCGCUCCGCAUCGUGCACUUCUGGGAGUACCUCUUGUUCCUCGACACGACCAACAUGGGCGGCGUCAUUGCCCACACGCCCGAUGCCGUUGCGCCGUCCGAAGCGACAGACAUCGAAAUGGCGUGGAACAUCCAAGCGUUCCUCCCCCACGCGCUCCAGCCCCGCUUCGCGAAGCUCAUCGGCGUGUUUAUCUACGAGCUGUACACGGCCAAGUGCGCCCUCCUCCACAAGCGCCAGGGCCGGCCCGUGAUGCGCGCCAAGGCAGGCCGCGAUACUGGCGCGGCCGUGGAGAGCACGCUGGAGCCGUCGCACCUCGACGACGUCCGCGAGAUCCUCUCGCACGGCAUGGCGCGCCGCCUCUUGCGCGCCGUGCAGGAUAUCCAAACAGAGAUCAAGACAAGCGCGGGGGACAGCCACGCCGCACACUGGGCUUUUCCGCAGCUCCCCGGCUCGCACCUCGCGCUCCACAGCCCCGCACUCGAGUUCGUUAAGGCGUGCAUGCAGGUGCUCGCACUGCACCGCGAGUGUGCGCUCGAGGCACAGAUCUGCAAGCGCAGUCUCCUCGACCUCCUCGGCGUGCGUGAGUUUGCGCCGCAGGCCGCGUGGCAGAACCCCUGCGCGUCGUUUCAGCUCCCGUGGGUCAUCUGCGAGUUCUGCAACGACGACCGCACGCUGGACCUGUGCCGCGACGCGGACCUGAUCGAGCACGCGUGGCGCUGCGCGCAGUGCGACUUUCCGUACGACCGCGCCGCGAUCGAGUCGCGCCUGCUCGCGCAAGUCCAGCACGUCAUUGCGCAGCACGCGGUGCAAGACCUGCACUGUGCGCGGUGCAACCGCACGAAAACAAGCUCCCUUGCGCCCUACUGCACGUGCUCGGGCGCGUGGGUGUACCCCCCCAGCGAUGCCCUGCGCAAGCUCCGCCAGGCGCACGCCAUCGCCGCUUUUCACGAGUUUCCCGUGCUCCGCGCCGCCGUCGAAACGCACCUCGCGUGCAUUGUGGAGGUGCCGCCGUAG